AUGAAUCACAUAAAUUUUUUUAAAUAUUUCUCCGAAAAAAAUAGACAAAAAAAUAAUAUUCCAUCAGAUGAAUCUUGUUCAAUACCAUUACAAAAAAAUGACUUCAAAAAAUAUUUUAAUUUUAUAAUUACAAAAAAAAAAAAAAAGGAAAAAAAAAAAGAUAAGAUUAAUGAACAGAACAAUGAUAAUAAGAUUUUUAACGAGUCUACUGCUAAUACUUUUCAAGAAAAACUUUUAACAUAUGAUAAAAAUAGCGAUAAUAAUACAAAUAUAAUUAAAACUUAUUAUAGCGAAAAAUCAAAGCAAGUUGAUCCUAUUUUAAAACAUGGUAAUAUUUACUCUACUAGAAGUAGUAGCAUUGAAGGAACUAAAUUAUUAAAAAUUAAAGAGUAUAAAAAUAAAAAAGGAAAAUUGUAUAAAAUACUUUUUUUGAAAAAAAACAAUUAUAAAAAUGAAAAGAGAGAAGAUGUUUUAAAAGAAAAUAUGAACAGUCAAAUAAAUGAUAUAAAAAAUAAAUUAGAUGAAGACAGUUUAAAUGAUACAAAAGAAAACUAUAAUAUGUAUAAUAUAUAUGUUAAAAAAGGGAAUGAGUUAAACAAUUUAGAUAAAUAUAAGGUAAAUAAGCAUUUUUUUUAUAAUAAUAUGUUAAUAUGUAGUAAAAGUUUAUCUGAUGAAGAAGAGAAAUUAAAUAAAAAAUAUAUAAUCAACAGAAAUAAAAAGAAAAAUAUGAAUUUUUCAUUUAAGAAAAAUCAUAAAAUUAGUUAUUGGAACUUUAUAAAUAAUUCAAAAAAAAAAUUAGACGCAUUUGAUAAUAUCUACGAAAGAAAUGAUAAUAUUUCUAAAAUAAAUGAAAAAUAUAAUUAUGAUAAAAAAGGCAAAAAUGAAAACAUAAAGGAAAAAAUAUAUUAUAAAGAUAAUAUGGCUAACUGCACCUUGAAUAGAAAUAAUAAAUUAAUAAUAAAUGAUGAAUGUUUAUAUAAGCAUGAUGAAGAUGAAGAAUUAAGAAAAAGGAGAUUAAGGAAAUCAGUUUCAUUAACUAAUGAAAAAAAAAAAAGAAUGAAACCAGAGAGUUUUGUAUUUUUAAAGGUUAUAGGGAAAGGAUCAUAUGGUAAAGUAUUAUUAGUAAAGCAUGCUCAGAAUAAUAAAUUAUUUGCAAUGAAAAUCUUGAGAAAAGAAAAUAUAAUAUCAAAAAAUCAACUAGAACAUACAAAAAUAGAAAGAAACGUACUAAAAUGUGUUUCUCAUCCAUUUAUAGUAAAAUUAUAUUAUGCUUUUCAAACAUCUAAAAAGUUAUAUUUCAUUUUAGAAUAUUGUCCUGGUGGAGAAUUAUUUUUUCAUUUAUCAAAAUUAAGAGAAUUUUCUGAAGAAGUGGCUAAAUUUUAUUCUUCUGAAAUUAUUUUAGCUUUACAAUAUUUACAUAACUUAAAUAUUAUAUAUAGAGAUUUAAAACCAGAAAAUGUUUUGUUAGAUGAACUUGGACAUAUAAGACUAACUGACUUUGGUUUAUCAAAAGAAGGAGUUACAGAUAAUAAUUCAGCAAAAUCUUUAUGUGGAACUCCUGAAUAUUUAGCACCGGAAAUUAUAGAACAAAGAGGACACGGAAAAGCAGUUGAUUGGUGGAGUUUAGGUAUAAUGAUUUAUGAAAUGUUAACUGGGAAUUUACCUUUUAAUAGCUCUAAUAGAAAUAUUUUAUUUGAGAGAAUUAAAUAUGAGAAUUUAACAUAUCCUAAAAAUAUAUCUCCUGUAGCUGUUGAUUUAUUAAAAAAAUUAUUUGAAAAAAAUCCUAAUAAAAGAUUAGGUUCAGGAAUUACUGAUGCAGAAGAGAUAAAAAAACACCCUUUUUUUAAAAGCGUUAAUUGGGAUGAUGUAUUAAACAAAAAAGUUAAACCUCCUUUUAAACCUCAUUUAUUUAAUCAAAUAGAUUUACAAAAUUUUGAUAAAGAAUUUUUAUGUAUGCCAUUGAGGUACUCAGACCAAUUUGAUAGCAAUCCAACUUCAAGUUCACAAAAAAAUAAUAUAAUUAAAGAUUUUAACUACAAUAAUUAUGAAUAA